ACUGGCUCAGCGUAGAGAAAUUACAGAGUGUGUUCUACCAACAGAGGCGGAGAUACAUCUAUACAUUUUUUCCCCUCCCAGUAGACUCAAACCUCAAAUGCUGAUCAGGCUGUGGCUUUCUUGACUUGGGGAAGAGCCUUUUCCGAGGAAGAGAGGGAGGAGCCUCGUGGAGGGAGGAAACUACAAAUCGGGACACUAGUUCUUUGCGCUGCAUUUCCUCCCCUCCCUUUGGCUGCUCGGAAAGGAGAGAGAGAGAGAGAGAGGAAAAAAAUAUAUAUCCUUGGCUGGGAGAUGCAGUCUGCCGCCACCGCUGCCUCAGCCAGCAAUGCAAGAUUAGAUCUCUAAAUGCAGCAAAACACCGCCUGAAAACAGACCAACCCGCGAAGCAAGCAGAUAAUUCACAGGGCUCCGGCUAUUUUGAAGCUUCAAAUAUAUCUGACUGUCUCUUCGUUGUUCCUCAUCCCCAGCAAUUUCAAGAGAGGAGAAACAAGUAAGGAUUUCACUUUCUGAUCUGCCUAGAGACACACCUCCCCGCUCCCUCCCCCACCCGAUGUGAAGAGUAUUCCGGAGGCAAAAAGCUGGAGUGGAUUUGCAGCGCCCUAGCGGGAGCGAGGAAAACCUACGGAUUCUUUAGCUCAUUAUCAUCCUUCCCAAACGCGAUUUCCUUCUUAUCGCUUGUCUCAUCGCUCAAGUUUGAGUCGCCCGAAGUCCGGGCGGGAGAGACAAAGCUCCGGGCUCGCCCCCAGCUGCAGGGAGCCGCCGCCUUGCUCAGUGCCCCUGCAGCUCUGCUGCACCGCUGCUUCUCGCCCAGUGCGGAUGCUGUAGAUCAACAGGUUCAGGGAACUUGAGCGGAAUAAAGAGAGACCGCCGGGUGCCGCAGCCCGGGAGCGGAAGGAAGGAAGGAUCCAUAGACUUGUGGCUUGGAUCGGGGUCGCACGCUGCGCCUGGGCCCCAAGCUGGCGCGCACCCAUCCACUCGCCCCUCCAGUCCGGCUGCUCCUGACAGCACCCCACCGGUCUGGGAUGUACCUUUCCAUCUGCUGCUGUUUCCUCCUAUGGGCCCCUGCCCUGACGCUCAAAAACCUGAACUACUCCGUGCCCGAGGAGCAAGGGGCCGGCACGGUGAUCGGCAACAUCGGCAAGGAUGCUCGACUGCAGCCGGGGCUUCCGCCCGCAGAGCGAGGCGGCGGUGGCGGGCGAAGCAAGUCGGGUAGCUACCGGGUGCUGGAGAACUCGGCGCCGCACCUGCUGGACGUGGAAGCCGACAGCGGACUCCUCUACACGAAGCAGCGCAUCGACCGCGAGUCCCUGUGCCGCCACAACGCCAGGUGCCAGCUGUCCCUCGAGGUGUUUGCCAACGACAAGGAGAUCUGCAUGAUCAAGGUAGAGAUCCAGGACAUCAACGACAAUGCUCCCUCCUUCCCGUCGGACCAGAUUGAGAUGGACAUCUCAGAGAACGCGGCCCCCGGCACCCGCUUCCCCCUCACCAGUGCGCAUGACCCCGACGCGGGCGAGAAUGGGCUCCGCACCUAUCUGCUUACGCGCGACGACCACGGCCUCUUCGCGCUGGACGUCAAGUCCCGCGGCGACGGCACCAAGUUCCCAGAGCUGGUUAUCCAGAAGGCCCUGGACCGCGAGCAGCAGAACCACCACACGCUCGUGCUGACCGCUCUGGAUGGCGGCGAGCCGCCGCGCUCGGCCACCGUGCAGAUCAACGUGAAGGUGAUUGACUCUAACGACAACAGCCCCGUCUUUGAGGCGCCGUCCUACCUGGUGGAGUUGCCCGAGAACGCCCCGCUGGGCACCGUGGUCAUUGAUCUGAAUGCCACCGACGCCGACGAGGGUCCCAAUGGCGAAGUGCUCUACUCUUUCAGCAGCUAUGUGCCCGACCGCGUGCGAGAGCUCUUCUCCAUCGACCCCAAGACCGGCCUGAUCCGUGUCAAGGGCAACCUCGACUAUGAGGAGAAUGGGAUGCUGGAGAUCGACGUGCAGGCCCGAGACCUGGGUCCCAACCCCAUCCCGGCCCACUGCAAGGUCACUGUGAAGCUCAUCGACCGCAAUGACAACGCUCCGUCCAUUGGUUUUGUCUCCGUGCGCCAGGGGGCGCUGAGCGAGGCCGCUCCGCCCGGCACCGUCAUCGCUCUGGUGCGGGUCACUGACCGAGACUCGGGCAAGAACGGGCAGCUGCAGUGCAGGGUCCUGGGCGGAGGAGGGGCGGGCGGCGGCGGCGGCCUGGGCGGGCCGGGCGGUUCCGUGCCCUUCAAACUUGAGGAGAACUACGACAACUUCUACACGGUGGUGACUGACCGCCCGUUGGACCGCGAGACACAGGACGAGUACAACGUGACAAUCGUGGCACGGGACGGGGGCUCGCCUCCACUCAACUCCACCAAGUCGUUCGCCGUCAAGAUUCUGGACGAGAAUGACAACCCGCCUCGCUUCACCAAGGGACUCUACGUGCUGCAGGUGCACGAGAACAACAUCCCAGGAGAGUACCUGGGCUCGGUGCUUGCCCAGGACCCUGACCUGGGCCAAAACGGCACAGUGUCCUACUCCAUCCUGCCCUCGCACAUCGGCGACGUGUCCAUCUACACCUAUGUGUCUGUGAACCCCACCAACGGGGCCAUCUACGCCCUGCGCUCCUUUAACUACGAGCAGACCAAGGCUUUUGAGUUCAAGGUGCUUGCUAAGGACUCCGGGGCGCCCGCGCACUUGGAGAGCAACGCCACUGUGAGGGUGACAGUGCUAGACGUGAAUGACAAUGCUCCGGUGAUCGUACUGCCAACGUUGCAGAACGACACGGCUGAACUGCAGGUGCCGCGCAACGCCGGGCUAGGCUACCUGGUGAGCACCGUACGCGCCCUUGACAGCGACUUCGGCGAGAGCGGACGCCUCACCUACGAGAUCGUAGACGGUAACGACGACCACCUGUUUGAAAUCGAUCCAUCCAGCGGCGAGAUCCGCACGCUGCACCCUUUCUGGGAGGACGUGACGCCGGUGGUGGAGCUGGUAGUGAAGGUGACUGACCACGGCAAGCCCACUCUGUCGGCGGUGGCCAAGCUCAUCAUCCGCUCGGUGAGCGGCUCUUUGCCCGAGGGGGUUCCCCGGGUGAACGGCGAGCAGCACCACUGGGACAUGUCGCUGCCGCUCAUAGUGACUCUGAGCACUAUCUCCAUCAUCCUCCUAGCGGCCAUGAUCACUAUCGCCGUCAAGUGCAAGCGCGAGAACAAGGAGAUCCGCACUUACAACUGCCGCAUCGCAGAGUACAGCCACCCGCAGCUGGGCGGGGGCAAGGGAAAGAAAAAGAAGAUCAACAAAAAUGAUAUCAUGCUGGUACAGAGCGAGGUGGAAGAGAGGAAUGCCAUGAACGUCAUGAACGUGGUGAGCAGCCCCUCCCUGGCUACCUCCCCCAUGUACUUCGACUACCAGACCCGCCUGCCCCUCAGCUCGCCCCGGUCGGAGGUGAUGUAUCUCAAACCGUCCUCCAACAACCUGACUGUCCCUCAGGGACACGCGGGCUGCCACACCAGCUUCACCGGACAAGGGACUAAUGCGAGCGAGACUCCGGCCACUCGGAUGUCCAUAAUUCAGACAGACAAUUUUCCCGCAGAGCCCAAUUACAUGGGCAGCAGGCAGCAGUUUGUUCAAAGUAGCUCCACGUUUAAGGACCCAGAAAGAGCCAGCCUGAGAGACAGUGGGCACGGGGACAGUGAUCAGGCUGACAGUGACCAAGACACUAACAAAGGCUCCUGCUGUGACAUGUCUGUUAGGGAGGCACUCAAGAUGAAAACUACUUCAACUAAAAGCCAACCACUUGAACAAGAACCAGAAGAGUGUGUUAAUUGCACAGAUGAAUGCCGAGUGCUUGGUCAUUCUGACAGGUGUUGGAUGCCACAGUUCCCUGCAACCAAUCAGGCUGAAAACGCAGAUUACCGCACAAAUCUCUUUGUACCCACAGUUGAAGCUAAUGUUGAGACUGAGACUUACGAAACUGUGAAUCCCACUGGGAAAAAGACUUUUUGUACAUUUGGAAAAGACAAGCGAGAGCACACGAUUCUCAUUGCCAAUGUGAAACCUUAUUUAAAAGCCAAACGUGCCCUGAGCCCUCUCCUCCAAGAGGUCCCCUCAGCAUCAAGCAGCCCAACCAAGGCAUGCAUCGAGCCUUGCACCUCAACGAAAGGCUCCCUGGAUGGUUGCGAAGCAAAGCCAGGGGCUCUGGCCGAGGCGAGCAGCCAGUACUUGCCCACUGACAGUCAGUAUCUGUCCCCCAGCAAGCAACCGAGAGACCCUCCCUUCCUGGCUUCUGAGCAGAUGGCAAGGGUCUUCGCCGAUGUGCAUUCAAGAGCCAGCCGGGAUUCCAGUGAGAUGGGCGCUGUCCUGGAGCAGCUUGACCACUCUAACAGAGAUCUGGCCAGAGAGCCGGUGGAUGCAGAGGAAGUCGUGAGAGAAAUCGACAAGCUUCUGCAGGACUGCCGGGGAAAUGACCCUGUGGCUGUGAGAAAGUGAAAAAAAAAAAAAAAAAAAAAAAAGCAUUGGCAUUUUCUUGUCUCUUCUGUUGAUUUAAAAAUGACCCCUCCUGGUGAAAACCCCAUUUUACAGGGAUAAAGAAAGACCGAUGCUGCUUUAAGGCUUUUAGUGAACAUCUGAAGUGCCCACAAGUAUGUUCUUUUCACUGCUGUUUCUUUUUCAGAAAUAACAAUGGCUUUGUUUUGACCAAACUUAUAUUAGGACAGAAUUAACGAUGUUCAAAGAGGAAAGAAAAACAGAGAAGAAAAAAGAGAGAAGAAAAAGGAGGAUGAGGAGGCAAGUUACCUUGUGACUAUCUGUU